UGUAAAAACCUGACAUCUAUCAUCCAGCUGCACUAGAAGGAUUGAAAGAGGAGUCUGGAAACGGUCCAGUCCCUUCAUCGCCAUUCAUGCCUUCAAAUGUCUACAUUUCUUGAGGAUUUAAAGCAUCUACUUUGACAGCUACACAAAUCAAGACUCCCACCCCUUCAUCCAUAAAAUUUCGUGACUAUGCAGAGUUGGCACUUGCUUCUGUACUGCUUCCUCUUCUGUCAUUUUCAUCAAUCAGAAACGAUUGAUAGAUGUCGAGCAACAUUGUUUUUUAUCCCCCCAUUUCUCCCAUCUUAACACAUAAUUUAUGUCGCUGUUAUCACUGCUCCCUCAUUAUGCUACCUAAGAAGGUUGCGUUGUAUCCAGCAGAGGACGAGUUGGUGAGCUUGUCCACCGUUUAUGACCUCUUGGAUGAACAACAAGAUUACUACAAAGAGCUCAUCCAGCAGCAGGAGAGGAACUAUAGAGCUUUCCUGCAGAUGCUGAUGGACACGUCGUCCAGCCGCAUGGACAACCUCGUCAGAGAGAUGCAGGACUUGAGGAACAACCUACAGAGGACCAAGGCGGAGUUGGCAGAGGUUAAAAAGCAGGGCGUCCAGAACAACAAGAGGGCAGAAUGCCUCGCUGAAGGCUUAGUUCUGGUCCGCGAGGCGCUGGACGGACUCAGCAUGAAACCAGGAAUGUCUGGUGGAGCGGGAAGAGGGGUGGAUCUAAAGCAGCGCGGAGGAGGUGGUGCGUUGAGGCUGGAUGGAGGAGGUGGAGGCAGAGGGGCAAGAAAACCAGAAGCAAAAGCAGCGAAACUGGUCGCAGACCUCACAGAUUUCAACUUUGGAGAUAUUAAGGCUGACCAACUAACAGAAGAGCAGAUUGCUGAAUUCAAGGAGGCCUUCUCCCUGUUUGAUAAAGACGGAGACGGUACCAUCACCACCAAAGAACUGGGCACAGUCAUGAGGUCACUAGGUCAAAACCCAACUGAGGCUGAACUCCAGGACAUGAUAAACGAGGUGGACGCUGAUGGCAACGGUACCAUUGACUUCCCCGAGUUCCUUACAAUGAUGGCAAGGAAGAUGAAGGACACGGACAGUGAGGAGGAGAUCAGGGAGGCGUUCAGAGUCUUCGAUAAGGACGGUAAUGGAUACAUUAGCGCUGCGGAGCUGCGUCAUGUGAUGACUAACCUCGGAGAGAAGCUGACGGAUGAGGAAGUAGACGAGAUGAUCAGAGAAGCAGACAUUGAUGGAGAUGGACAGGUCAACUAUGAAGAGUUUGUUCAGAUGAUGACUGCAAAAUGAACUGGGCUCACACUAAAGACAAAGAAUCAAUUUUCACUUACCUCUUAUUACAAAACUAUUCAUUUAAUCAUACUGUUCUGUAUAAACAAUUUAAACUGAAUGUUGGAAAACUGAAAAUCUGUCCAUAUAGACAAAUUUAAAAAAUGGUAAAAGACAAAAAGAAGAAAAAAAAAAAGAAUCUGCAUGUACUGGCUUGUAUUCCCCACGCUGCCAGCGCUGAGCGGCCCAAUCAGAUCUAUACUCGUCAAAACAAGCAGUGUCCUGCAGCCGGCCGCCGCGGCCGCUGCUCCUCUGCUUCCUGGUUCCAUCUGCCUGAUGUCAUGAUGAUUAUUUGGGCUGGCUGAUUGCCUUUCUUCUUCUAUGACUUCCUGUUUUUAAUUUCUGUUCUUCAUGCAUGCAGAGUUACGUGGGUUACAGUUGAAGGCCCAGUGGCCGGCGGCCUCGGCUCGGCCUCGGCUCGGCCUCGGGUCGGCCUGAGAGCCGCGGAGGAGGGAGGGGGUUCAGGGGGACGGACGGGAGUGAACCAGCGGGACAAUCAAAGCUUGCUCCCCUAACUGAAGUCAGUGACGACAGAUAUUUUUAAGAAAAAAUAUUAAAAUGGAAUAAACAAUAACUCAUUUUAGACUUUGUUUCUGGCAUGUCAGGUUACUCACUUUAUCCUUUUGUGUUUUUACCUUUUUUGAGGGUGAAGCCUGGGUGGGGGGCGGGACACUUGAGGCCCUUUGGCAGUGAUCCAUGUUUUAGAUUAUCGGAGGGGUUGGGUGGGUUUUAAAGAUUAUAUACGAGUACAGUUUCUGAGGCGAUAUCAAGUACCCACAAACCAACAUUUGUACCAUUCUGAGUAUUUGUGUGGAGAUUUACAGAGAAAACUUAAUGAAACAGGUCGUUCUCCCUGAAUGGCGCUCAGGUGCAGGUUAUUGCCUCGGAGGCCGUGCAUGUAUGACUCUACGGGCAUGUGAGUUUCAGUAAAGUGGGGACAGGGUCGGCACUUCGCAGCAUCUCUUCUCUUGUGUUUGUGUGUGAGUUUGCCUGUGUGUGUGAAUGCAGCGAGGCCCGGCCUGGUCCAGCUGUUCUGUUCUGUUCAAUUGAUCUGCAUUCCAAGUUGUACAUGCUAAUCUUUACAUUUUGUUUUUCCAAUAAAAUAUUAACUAAAAUUCU